GCUCGUUAUACGCAUGUGCUGGGCGUUGAAGCACCAACUUAUCUUACUUACCUGUCAGGUGGGAGCGCGACUGUAGUUUGUCGAUCUGUGUUGUAUAUAGUUUAUUUAUUCGGAUGUAUUCUUCGGAUUAAUUUAAACAAAAUACCCGUGAACUGUUUGUUUUCUAUGAAAAGUUGCUAUAAUAUGGAUUAUUGAUAAGGUAUCGUUGGGACGAGGACUAAAGAUCCAGUAAUCAUGGCAUAUCGAAACGGUUAUUCGGGAGACGACCGAGAACUCGACCGCGAAGACAGAAUGAAUGAAGGUGUAGGCAAACCAGUUCACGUCAUCGAACAUUUAGCUACUUUUACGGUAAAUAAAGAAACGGGUAUCAUUUACCCAGCAGAUGGAAUGAGGAGACUGCUGCAGUUGGAGAAAAGUAAUGGAAUAUGGUCGCAAAAGAUGCAGCUGUGUUUAGACAAUAACUGGGUGCUGAUUAUGGAUUAUGAAACAGGGAGUGUAAUGGAAAGAUUUCCCGCUAGCUCAAUACAAGAACCGAGCGCAUUUAUGAGUCAAGACCCAAUGGACAUGUAUAACAAUAUACUAGUCUUUAUCGUAACAAAUUCAAACCAAUCACACCCAACAGAAAUGCACAUAUUCCAGUGCCAGAGUAUAUCUGCUCAAGAUUUGGUCGAAGAUUUAAAAGAACUCCGAAUGGGUAAAGCACCGACGAGAAGCCGUAAGAGUAGCAUUCCACCUCCCAGCCACAAGCCACCCCAAAACGUAAUAAGCCCAUCCAGAGAUGUAAGUAGAGACUAUUACGGAUCAGACUCAGAACUCACAGCCAACAAUGACGACUCAAGCUCUACAACAAGUGAAAAGUAUGAAAGAGAUGUCACUAUCCUCAACCACUGUUUUGAUGAUAUAGAAAAGUUCAUAGCCAGAUUACAACACGCAGCUGCUGCCGCACGAGAACUUGAGCGUAGACGAAAAACAAGAAAAACCAAAAAACGCGAUAUGGGUGACGGAAUGUUAACCAUGAGGACAAAGCCACCCCCAGAAAAGGAGUUCGUCGAUAUUUUCCAAAAAUUUAAAUUAUCAUUUAACCUUUUGGCGAAGUUAAAGGCGCAUAUACAUGAUCCCAACGCUCCGGAGCUCGUCCACUUUCUUUUCACACCUUUGGCUUUAAUUGUUGAAGCUGCACAUGAUCAGUACUUCGACCAGCACAUACCACAUAAUGUCAUUUCUCCACUACUCACAAGAGAAGCCGUUAACUUGUUAAUGAACUGUGUCACUAGUAAAGAAACCGAACUAUGGCAUUCGCUUGGCAGUGCAUGGCUUAUUCCCAGAGACCAAUACAAAGGUAAUGUUAUGACGUAUCACCCGGUAUUUAUGGAUGGCUGGUCGCCGGAAUAUCCAGUAAUUGAUGAAACAGAACCCAAGUCGUACCAACACGAUCAGUAUGGAGGAGACUAUACAGACUACCCCUCAUCAAGUCAAGAUGUGUAUGAUCGGAACAAUCAUCAUCAGCCUGAUAAGGAUAUUGCAGCAUUAGGAGAGAGUACCCGAAGUGAUAUUUCCAUUGACUCGAUUGAAAGAAAUGGUGGAGAUGAACGAGGUUUUGGAAGAAACCAAGAAAGUUUCCUUGAGGACUUACAAAAUAGAGGCGCUACUAUUGUCCAAGUUACAUAUCCUAGAACAGCGAAUAAUGAGAAAGAGUUGACUGUUGUUCGAGGAGAAUAUUUAGAGAUAUUGGAUGAUAGUAGAAAAUGGUGGAAAGCAAGAAACAGCAGAGGACAGAUCGCUCACGUUCCGCAUACUAUAGUAACACCUUAUAUUUUUAAUAAUCCCUUACACGCCACUCAAAACUACAGAAGGAAUGACUCGCCAGUAGAAAGAUUUAACCGUGAUCAUAGCAACCAAGAUCAUUCCCCUCAAUCAAAGAGUACAGAUUGGAUCAGAAACGAAAGGACCGAGGUCCAAAAUACUCCUCCCCCUCCUCCUCCACCCCCACCAGCACCUGAACCACCCAGCCAACCUGUAACUCCACAACCUUUAAAGAGAACUCAGUCCAGGCAGUCGCUAAUGUCCACAAAGUCAAAUGGAGACUUACAAGAAGAGCUAAUCAGCGUGUUAACUUUAGUCCGGGAGAAAAAUAAGCAAAGGCAUUUAGAAAUCAAACAAACACCAGAAACUUUCAUCGAUCAGAGAUCUAAUCCAACUGAGAUACAAGAAUGGUUGGAUGCUAAAGGAUUUAACGAAAAUAUCAGAAACAAGUUUAAAGGUGUUAGCGGUCAUCAAAUAUUCGAUUUUAACAAAUCAGAGCUAGAAAGGGUCUGCGGAAAAGACGAAGGAAAGCGGUUAGCUUCACAACUAAAUAUUCAGAAAUCUAUAAGUGGGUACCAGACCGUAAGGAGUACCGAAUUAAAAACAAUUCUGGCAAAAGUACGACAAAAAAUGGGAGAUAUGUAACAGCGUUUUUAUAUAAAAUUGUCAUGACAAAGUCAUGUAGACUUGUUACAACUGUAUCUAAAAUAUAAAUUGUUACCAAAAGUUUUAUAUAUUGUGUAAGUAGUUUUAUUUUGUCUAGUCCAUAUGAUAUAACUUUAUACUCGUUAUAGUAAUAGUAAGACUUGGAGAGGGCUGUAUUUAUUCAUUAUAUUUACUGUUGUUGAAUAUAACUAUGAUUUAAA